AUGUCUUCCUCAUUUCCUCUACUCCAUCUUCCUGGAGUUGUUUUGUGGGAGAUAUUCAAAUCGUUGAGUAUCGGAGAGAAAAUCCAACUCUCCCUCUGCUCUAAGAAAGUCUCUAUUCAAAUCAAUAGUGCUCGUUUGUACUCUCAAAAAGUAAUAGUCGAUCUGGACUUCUUAUAUCAAAAAAUCAGAGUUCACUCUGAAAAUAACAGAGAUAUAUUCGACAUCUUCAUUUUUCCAAAUUCCGGAAUGAUUUCCGAUUCAAAUAUGCAACAAUUCUCUAUCGAAUGUUGUACUGUAAGAGUUUUUUCUAUUCCAAUGGGAAUCAAAUUAUUCUGGAAAAAUUAUCCGAAAGGAUUUCUACCUGUUAUUCAACAUCUGUUGAAGAUGCUCCAAUGCAAGAUUUCAACUGAAAUUGAUUGUUAUUUUAGUGAUUUAUUUGAACCAACAAUUUCAAAGUUGUUUGACUUACAACAGGAAUUCAAGACGCUCACUAUUAAAGGUCAAAAUCUGCAAAUAUUUAAUAAUUUGAGAUUGGUUGAGGAUCUUACCAUCUCGUCUAGUUUUGAUCCUGGUUUCAAACCAGUUUUCACUUCAUGGCCACAGGAGAUUAAUAUCUGGAGUUCCGCUUGGUUCACUCUGGAAUAUCUUUUUACAUGCACUUCCACUAGAAUUAUACUCGAUGAUUCAUCUCUGGGAAACAAAGAUUUGGAUGUGAUACUCAACGAGUGGAAAGCUGGAAGACUUCCGAAUCUGGAAUAUCUGUACGUCAAGAGUCAACGUAUUUCAGACAAUGGACCAACGAUUCUGGGAAUGAAUCUAUUAGAAUUGCUGGGAAAGGAUAUCCAAACUAAUGAUGGAUCAAAGAAGUUGGUUACGAAAUUGGUUUCUCAAUUUGGUUACGAAAGAAUUGAAAUGUCUGUCACUGUAUUUUAA